UGAGCGAAAAGCAAUGUUUCACGCAUUGAACGCCACGUUAAUGCUGUCAACAGUACAGUCGCGAGUGUCCGCAAACAACCGCAAAUAUCUGUUAUUCGAUGAACGAGAGUCAACACAAAUGACAGCUAAAACAGGAAAUCGAUUGGUCGGCGAGUUGUGGCUUAUAUUGGGCGUCGAUCCCAACACCACGCCCGACGGUCUGACUCUGGGCGAGAUAGGGCUCGAGUCGCUGUUUGCCAUACAAUUGCAGCGCGAAUUCAAGGAUAAGCUCGAUAUCAAUGUACCGCUUGCUCACAUCAAAGGGUUGACAGUCGGCAUGUUUCGCUCAUACGGUGAGGACAACCCGGAGCCCAUACGUGAGUACUUAAUCGCUCGUAAAAGUGGCCACUCGUCAAUACUGCGGAACCAGUUUGUGAUGCCGACAGAGAAAUACUUGCGCUUAAAUGAAGUGACCGGUGGCGGACGCCGGGCGCCCGUCUUUUUUAUGCCGCCUCUUACCAUGAGCUUUGCGGCGUUCGGCGACCUGUGCCGCCGCCUGGACCGGCCCGCGAUCGGCCUCAACUGGACCCGCGAGACCAGCCAAUUAACGUCGGUUAACUCGCUGGCCGAGCAUUACCGUACGCUAAUGGAGACACUGUCCGGCGGCGGACGGUACGAUAUAGUGGGCUAUUUGGACACAAUUCCCGUAUGCGUGGAGAUUAUGAUGAGAGCGGCCGGCGGUGGCGGCGCCGGCAAAGUGGUGGUCGUCGACGCGAACGCCGCCGACGAGCAUCUGUUUAAUGACCAAAUAUGCGACAAUCUUAUGAUCGAGUUCAUGUUGAAACAGUUGUCAAUAGACGCGCCCACGGCGUUGAUGGACUGUAUUUUAAGCCGAGUGCGCGCCGAACCUCAACUCAAGGCCAAACUGGCGGUUAUAAUGGCGCACAUGCCUGAGCUGACACAUAAACAGCUGGUGGCGCCCGAUAUGGAGAAAGUGUUAGGCAUAAUGUUAGCCCGGAUUCGCACGCUUUUCGAAAAUAAACACCGAAAACGUCGAAAUAUAUCGCAAACAUUGCGCGCAUCAGUGGCCGCGAAAUGGGCCAAAAUUAGUGGCAAAUUGAUUAUCAUUAAGCCGUCACACGCGGGCUGUUUGCCUAAUAUGGACGACACCGUUGAGUUAGCGUUGGGCUUAAACGCACCUGAAUCUCAACAAUACGCAACAACUGGAACUAUUAGCGUGGAAAAUGUUGAACAAUCCGGCUCUAUGGCCACAAUUACUAAAAUUAUUCUCGCCAAGAUCUACAAUGCAAUUAAA